AUGAGCAGAGGCAUUAGGAAAAGUUCAAUCAUGCCAGCUGCCAGUGCAAAACGUAAACGAGCUAAUGAAGUACAUAGCGGUAAAAUAACACAACGUGGUAAUAUUCCACAAAAAAAAACUGAAGCUAAAACACCUGUCGGCCCAUGGCUCUUAGCAUUGUUCGUGUUUGUUGUUAUCGGCUCGGCUGUCUUCCAAAUAAUUCAAAGCAUUCGAAUGGCAUGA